AUGGGUCCGUCUCGGUCCUCAUAUACACUAAAAGUAAGUUUCCACCAUUUGGAGGGAAAAAGCUACAUUUCAGACUCCUUACCUCUUCCGGUUCCAAACCUGGUCCAUUUGAUGUUCCUCCCUUGGAUUGAGACCGUUUCACUCAUGUUUCUUGGCAUAGUCAUGUAUAGAACUAUUAAUCCAUGUUGGGUGAUGAGGAAGUUCGGGUCGGUUGAGCCGGAUAAUUACUGGUACAGGGUCUGCGAAGGAGAUGCAGAGUCUGUGGUGAAAAGGCCUUGGCAUUUGCUGUGGAAAUCGAGGAGGUUGAUGGAGAUAGUCUCUGCGAUUGCGUCGAGGUUGAACUGGGACUACGAUGCAGUGCAUAUUGAGAGAGGAGAGAAGGCGAGAAACACGGAGCUUUGGCCUAAUCUUGAGAAAGAUACUUCACCGAGCGCUCUCUUGUCGACGUUGCAGGACAAGGUGGAAGAAGGGAGGAAUCUCUACAUUGCGACGAACGAAGCAGAGUCGUCGUUGUUUAACGCUUUGAAAGACAAGUACGCUACUCAUGUUCUUGACGAGUAUAAAGAUCUGUGGGACGAGAGCAGCGAGUGGUAUUCGGAGACUACGAAGCUUAACGGAGGUAACCCGGUGGAGUUUGAUGGUUACAUGAGAGCGUCUGUUGACACUGAAGUGUUCUUGAGAGGGAAGAAGCAGAUUGAAACAUUCAAUGACCUUACUAACGACUGCAAAGAUGGAGUUGGGACUUGUAACGUUGCAGCUACUUGA